AUGGACGCACGAUCGCUUGAGCAGCAGUGCGCAGCUUUGUCGCUCACGGAGGAGGAGACGGGGGGAUUUGCAGCACCAGAAUUGCUUCCGGCACCAGACGACGCAAUCCGGUAUAACCUUGUGGGCCGAUUUCUCACUGAUCGCCUAAUCAAGGCCGAUCACAUGCAACAGGUAAUGGCUGCUGUGUGGAGACCGGUAAUGGGGAUGGUUGUGGUGGCCCUCGCCGACGACUUGUUUCUGUUCCAAUUUCCGCAUCCGAGGGAUAUGCAACGUAUAAUCGAUGAUGGCCCAUGGUCUUUCGAUAAUCAAUUGCUUGUCUGCGAACAAGUGCCGCCGGGUACCUCGCUGGAGGACGUGACGCUCGAUUCGAUCCCGUUCUGGGUUCAGGUUCAUGGGCUGCCCGCAAUCCAUGCGACACAGGAAUUUGUGACGAAAAUUGGGGACUACAUCGGGACGUUUAUUGCCGCAGAUCCUUUCAAUUUCGGAGGUUUGUGGAAGAGCUACUACAGAGUUAGGGUGCGUAUGCCAAUUGCGACACCGCUAAAGAGGCGGAUGAAGCUCCUGCGCCGGGAUGGGUCGUCUCAGUGGAUUCUAUUCCGAUAUGAGCGCCUGGGUACCUUCUGCUAUUGCUGUGGGAUCCUAGGGCAUUCGGAGAAGUUUUGCAGAGUGGUGUAUAAUCAGGGGAUUCUGCCCGAAGCUUUUCCGUUUGGAGCGUGGUUGAGGGCGGGUCCGAGACGACAGCCGAGACAGAUCGGGGCUCGAUGGUUAUUGCCGUCGCUGACUCAAUCGGCGGUGGUGUCCGAUUCCCAGGAAGGUGGACCGCCCCCGGCUGCUUUAGUGGCCAUGGUGGUUUACAGGGUGAACUCAAACGGCGACGUGAGGACACUACUCAGACGGAGAAUACACAGGAGGACGAUGUACACAUGA